AUGGUGGACGUACCGUUUGAGUUGGUGGAAAAGAUAGUAUCUACUCUUCCCAGUGAAGACAAGGCACAAUGCUUGUUAGUCUCCAAGAGGUGGUAUGCCAGUCUUUACCGAGUGUUGGUGCAUACAGUGGUGAUACAGCACAGAAGGCAGCUAAAGCAGUUUUUGCGCAUUGUCAGCCAGUACGAUGACCUUGUAGGCCCCUACGUUCGACAAUUGCACAUCAAGAACAGAGUAGGAUUGACAAAAGAAGAGUUUCAACUGCUUGGCAGAUACUGCCCGCACAUGGAAGUCUUUGAGUUUCUAGAAUGGAGACACUAUAAACCGCCUGCUUUGAGCCAUUUCAAGAACAUCAAGCAGAUACCAAAAGUGUACGACCUCGGCAAAGGCGAAAAGGCGCUCAGGGAGACAGGAAAGACGCUGACACAUUUGGAUCUUGGGGCGCGCAUUGUCCGUGAUCUCGUCUUGCAAAACUGGCUCAUACCCUUUCUUUGCUACAGCACCAAUCUGACACAUUUGACAUUGGACGGAUUCUACAACCCCACCACACGAGUAGGACAGUUGGAGUUUAGCUGCGUGACAUGGAAGAUGCUGCAUCUGGUGUGUAGUCAUUUGACCAGCAUAGAGAUACAUACAGUGUGCUUGACAGCGACGGAAUCAGAGCUCGAUAUUAUGAAGUCAACUAUGCAUAAGGAUUCGCUUUCCGUCAAUCCACAGAUGAAGCACCUCAGUCUGAGGAACUUGAGCAUAGAUGAUCCCGUAUGGCUGAUAUGGCUCGCUAAAAUCUACCCCAACUUGACAGUGUUGGACCUGCGAUUUGACUUGAAUGCAUUCGUCAAUUUUGACGACACGAUUCAAAAGCUGGACCGAGAAGCGACUCGAGAAACAUUUGCAGCUAUGGCCCAACAUGUGGAUCACUUGCACACACUCAAUCUGGAAUCCGUCAAAGCAUCACAUUUCCCUGGAGAACAGUUUUUUGCAACACUUGAACAGAAAAAUGUGCGCCUAGAGAAGCUGACAUUGCGAUACAAUACAGACAUCUUUCUCUCCAGAAAGGGGUUUGAUAGCAGUGUAUUGAAUGCCGUGUUGGAUGGACAGUGCUCGACCAUCAAAGCCCUGGAUCUCGAUUUGUGGAUCAAUGCGCAUAUUGAUCUUUCCGCACUCUUGGAGCCGCUCUCAGUAUGUCAUCGACUGGUUUAUUUGAAGCUUUCCAGUGAUGAUUUCGGAAAAUUUUACUUUAAUCCUAUUCCCAUCGACAUGAUCUUGGAUCACUGCAAUCAUCUGACAAGACUCUCGUUGGCACGGUGCGCCUUGACUAUCAAUGACAAGCAUUCUGCAGAUUACUAUCACCCGUUGAAGAAGAUUGUAAUUGCUGUUGGCCGUGUAUCCAAGCAGCUGUUUCGGUAUCUAGGCGCAAGAUGUCCCGAUUUAAAACACAUGGAAAUUCUCACAUGUUCUUGGAUGCCUCGUGAAAUGGAGAUGCGGAUUGACAUGCCUAGUCAUCACUUUGAUUUCCUGCGUAUCUCCGACCUGAAUAAGAUCAAUGUACCUCGAUUGGAAGGCAAUCUAGGAAGUGGUACCUCACCCAAUCUCUUUGCUGUUACUCAGUUCACAUCAGUGAAGAAGCGAAUCGCGCGCUACACAGAGAGGCUGCCUGAAUACGAACCUUGUUAUCCUCAUUUGGCAUCCUGGUAUCAUUUAUAUGAAUUGACCGAUGGCAGGCUGCGGUACCCACCGUCUGCAUUACGACGAUUGCGACUAGAGGAAGUGAAAAGUUUGGAAUACAUGGCAGAUUAUUAUACAAAAAAUUAUCACCGUGAUCAAAUGGGCAUGAAUGGCUUUAUGGUGGAUCGAUAUUUGCCGAAAAAGAGCUGGAGAGAUGAUAUUCAAUUUGGAUUUAUUCAUGUAAGAUGUAGUUCCAUCCGGCGCAUGCAGUAUAAUUACAAUGAAAUCAAGUGGCCCAAACAAGAACCAGUGGAUGAUUUUGAGGAUGCAUCUCAACUUGUGGACGAGCCAGACACUGCGAGUGCCGAGAGUUAG